CUGCAUACCCAGCUGAUGGGGCCGUCUCCUCCCGCCCGGCAGGUGCGGGUCCUCAAGGAGAAGAUUGAGGCCGAGAAAGGCAAGGAGGCCUUCCCCGUGUCGGGCCAGAAGCUGAUCUACGCCGGCAAGAUCCUGAGCGACGACGUCGCCAUCAAGGAGUACAAGAUCGACGAGAAGAACUUCGUGGUGGUCAUGGUGACCAAGACCAAAUCCAACUCGGGCGUCCCGGCCCCCUCAUCUGGUGAUGCUGGGCCGGCCAGUGCCCCGGAGCCAACCCCAUCGGUGGGGCAGACGCCGGCGCCUGCAGCCGGUGCUGAUGCUGUCCUGCCCCCAGCCCCCGCGGCGCCAAGCGAGGAGAAGCCUCCGGAGGAGCCGGCAGCCAUCACGCUGCCCGAAUCCACUGCCGGCUCUGUUCCCUCUUCAGGUAGCGUGGGGCGCCCAGACGACGCGGCUUCCACCCUGGUGACCGGCUCGGAGUACGAGACGAUGCUGACCGAGAUCAUGUCCAUGGGAUACGAGCGGGAGCGGGUAGUGGCCGCGCUCCGGGCCAGCUACAACAACCCCCACCGAGCCGUGGAGUACCUGCUGACGGGUAUCCCGGGCACCUCCGAGCCGGAGAGAGCCCCGAUCCAGGAGAGCCAACCCACAGAGCAGCCAGCACCAGAAGGCGAGAACCCGCUGGAGUUCCUGAGAGACCAGCCCCAGUUCCAGAACAUGCGACAGGUGAUCCAGCAGAACCCAGCCCUGCUCCCGGCCCUGCUCCAGCAGCUGGGCCAGGAGAACCCCCAGCUACUGCAGCAAAUAAGCCAGCACCAAGAGCAGUUCAUCCAGAUGCUGAACGAGCCACUGGGCGAGAUGGCCGACAUCUCUGACAUCGAGGGGGAGAUCGGGGCCAUCGGAGAGGAAGCUCCCCAGAUGAACUACAUCCAGGUCACGCCUCAGGAAAAAGAAGCCAUAGAAAGGUUAAAGGCCUUAGGAUUCCCGGAAAGCCUGGUCAUCCAGGCUUACUUUGCUUGUGAGAAGAAUGAAAACCUGGCUGCCAAUUUCCUGCUGAGUCAGAACUUCGAUGACGAGUGAUGCAAGGAAAAAGGAAGAAAAAAAUUUUAUAUAUAAAAAAAAUUCUCUCUAUAUCUAUUCCUGUCUAUUUAAGGGGUAUGUGGGAGAGACCCCAAAUCCCCCCCAACCCGCCCCCCAUCCAGAUUGAACCAGCCCGGCCUUCUGGCUCGAGGAAAUGCUCUUUUCCCUCCUCCCCAUGGAACUGGACAGCUGGGGAUUGAGCAGCAGAACCAGCCCCUCAUCUCAGCCCUCCUCCCCCCAGCGCCCGUGCCGUGGGUGAGUUCAGCUGCGCCCCUCUCCUGCACGGUGCUCGCUCUGGGGCAGGGAGAAGGGAUUUGGGGCUGGUAGAGGGGGGCUGUGGGCUCCUCGCCCAGCCCAGCCCAAAACUUGUGUGCAGACAGAUUGCUUUGUUGUGGAGAUGACCAGCCCCUGUGGACAGGCUGAGGUACUCCACUUCCAUCCAUCACCCAGUCUCCUUUAAUGUCCCUUCCCCAGCCCCAGUUUCUGCCACUGUCCAGCCAACAGCCAGUGUUAGACCCUGUCUAUCCCCCUUCAGACCUCACAGAUCACAGCGGGCCCACCCCGCUCCCCAGCCUGUUGUGUUGGGGUUGGUUUUGCCUGCAUAGACGAGGCUAAACCAUGUCGCUAGUCUGGAUCCGUGCUGAGCAGAGCACGGACCCCUGCUCCUAGCCUAGGCCAUGUUUAAACCAACCGCCCUCCGCUAGCAGUUCCCUCCAGCUCCCUUUUAAUCUCUUGGGUACGGCUUGACGAUCAGGGAGGUUUGAGAACUGGCUUCCUGGGAGCCCAACCUAUUUUUAAGAACCCAGCUGCUCUGGCAUCGUCCCGCCCUCCCUGCGAGGCGUGCAUCGAAACUCUGCGCUGGCUCUCAGCCGCGCGGCGGAAGGCGAGGGGUGGGUGCUGCCUGCGAACAGUCCGUGCUGAGCCGGGCCAGGGCUGCCGUGAAAAGACAGCGCUGAAGCAAUGCUGCCAGCGAGAGCAGGGUUGCGGUGUUUCGCCCUCAGACGUCGGCGCCUGGGCUGUGCCGAGGGAGAUGGAAAGCCAUUAAACCCCUGCCUGCCCUUAAAGAAUCUUUUUUAAAUUACCCCUGCAGAUCAACCCCUUCCUCCACUUGUUUUAAGCCCUGUUUCCAAUUCGAUUGUAGUUUUAAGGGAACCAAAAAACAGGGUGUCUUUAACCUUGAUUUUCUCCUCCUUGUGGGAUUUAAAAAAUACAGAUUUAUUAGAUCAAAAUCUAUUUAUUUGAAACAGGGCAACUUUUACCCCCUUCACCCUGGUAAUUUAAAAAUCCGAUUCCACUCCCCUUGAAAUGCAGAUGUGCUCUGACCCACCUCCCAAAAGAUCAGAUUAAAAUCCACCAUCAUCCCACCUCCUCCCUGCUAUUUUAAUGCCAACGAGAUGGUGUUUAAUUAAACGCCUGAAAUGCCCAAUUUACUCUUGGAUCUAAACAUCCCUGCAGCUCUAGUGUAUUCUGGCUUAUCUGAUUUUUCUAGAUCAUCAUACCCGUUUCUGCGUCCCUAUUUCCUUUUCUGUCUCAUGCCCCAAAAACCUUAACGCCCCUUUGAAGUAACUCCUGAUUUUUCUGAGCCAUUCUGUUGCAUACGAAUCUUGGCUUGGGCUUCGCUUUCCCCAGCGUGCAGUUGCAAAGAGAACAGAGUAUUUGCCUCUAAAGUAAAUCCUGAAGCCAUAAAUAACUUCUAAGUUCCAUGAUAUUGCAGAGUAGCUGUGACUUUAAGGGGGUGGGAACAUGGGUUCCAAAGUGGGUGGGGACAAGCGUUUGAUAGGCCCACAUUCUUAGCUACGCCUCAAGUGAAUAGCGUCCAUUGGUUAGAUCCAGGCCUUGCCUUGUGGCCACAAUUCCAUCUUAAAGGAGCAGUGUCCUAGCAUUUGCAGUUUAUUUUGAGGUUGGUUUGUUUUCUUGGUUGUACUUAUAAAUGUUCCUAAGCAGCCGCGGGGUCUGUGCCUGCUAACCAGGGGCUCGAUCAAACUCUGGGGGUGGAGAUGGCAGAGGGGAUAGAUUUGAUGGCGCAGUAGGUAAAAAGGGGAGGAGUGGGGGUUGGGAUGGAAGGAUUACAUGCAAAUUUAAAACCAAAAGAGGGUGGUUCUUACCCACCCACUGCAUGGGGUGGGGAAAGCGGGGCUGGGGUGGGUUCUGGAAUUUGGCCUCCCCACCACACCCCAGCCUUGUCAGUCAGACCUGCCGUUUUGGGUGGCACCGCUCCCCCCUUGCCUGGCACCGCUCCUGCGGCAGCUUUGUUGCGCCUGUUAAUUUAGCAGCAGGUUUCGAGGCCCCAGGGGAGCCGCGGGAGGCUGGCCUCGAACGCUGGGGCGGGGCUGGAGUCUCAGGCUCCGUCUAUGCUGAAAACGCUGCUCGAGCUCUUCAGAAUAGACUCUCGCUCCAGUCGCUGGGAGUUAAUCCACUUCCCGGAGAGGCGGCAGCUCGGGCCGGGGCAGGAUUCGUCCACAGGUCGAGACCCCGGCUCAACUCUGGCUCCCGGGGGCGUGGGUUUUUCAGUCCCCUGCGAGAUGUAGGUGUGGCCAUGUAAAUUGUCAGCAUAGACCAGCCCUCAAGGCCCCCAUGCUGCUGAUUUAACAGAAUGGUGGGGGGGGGGUCCCCUAAAUUUCCCAGCAGCCUUAGGGGAAGGUGCUUCGGCUGGCUGGUCAAGCUCGAGGGUCCGGCCUGAUUUGUUUCAAUCUUGAGCUGGUCAGCUGUAGCCUGAACUGAGCGGGGUGAUGGGUAACCAGGCAGGGUCUGGGGAAUGAAGCAGGCCUGGCCCCUGGGUGUAGAUUUCCCCCCCUAGCUUUCAGUUCCCCCAGGCGGCCGGCCUCCCUCUCCCUGUCGAGGCUGAAACCGCUGUUUCACACCCACUGUUUUUGGGGUGCUAUGAAUGGAAUGUGAAAUAAACGAGCUGCCCCCGCCACUCGCUGACGAGGACGGGUCGAACCUCCCGAAA